AUGCGACCACUUCUGAUCUUCCUCGUUUUCGUCCUCGGGACCGUGCUCUGCACAAACAGCACCAAAUCAGCCAAGGAAGUGGCAGAGACUCAGAUGGCUCGGAUCGUUGCCGCUGCAAAGAAGUUGGACCUGCGCACGUUCAGUGCUCUCGUGAGGGAUCCCAGAAAAAUCGGUAAAUAAUAACUCUGUGACAUGUAAAAUGACAUUUAAUUUCAGGAUGGGGAACAUGGGUGCCCAUGUUCAUCAACAUGGCCUACGAGAUAAAGAGUGCCACGUACACGUCGUACGGCAUCGAAGCACACAUGUACCUCCCGUCUCCGCUCACCGAGAACCAAGAGACCUAUAAGAUAUACGUGAGUAUUGGCUGUCGCCAUUGAAACAACUUUUUUUACAGCCAUCGGAAAACAGCCCCACUAAGUGGAUCCUCCAGCUAUACGAAGAGAAGGCCAACAGCAGACACUUCAGUUCGGUACAGGAUUCAGAAGGGUGGGAGAAUUAA